CACAAUUUUCUUACUGUUUGCCCGUUGCGUUUACAUUUACAUAUUUGAAGUAGAAUACAAAAGUUGUCGAUAUUUUCGUCGAGUAAUGAUCUCUUUACUUUCUGUACUUCGUUAAUCGUUGGGAAAAAGUUUUUAUACAUUCGGUGGAAAUAAGUGGUUGUGUACAUUUUAAGGGUUUUACAGUGCAACAGCAUCAAAGAAUAUUUGUUCCCAAUUAAUGAACAGAAUUAGUAACUGCAAUGGAUUUGGUAUAGCGAUAUUGGGCAAUAUUAAGCUAUGAAUAUGUUUGUCCCUUAUUACCUAUUUAGAUUAUAUUUUCUUUUAUAUGUUUGAAUUAACUGUAAUAUCCUAUAAAUUAUUUCAUUAUGUCUGCAAAUGCUCAAUUUGCAACUCCUCCACCAGCCAUAAGUUUACCUAAUAUGUCGGUGCCACCUCCCACCACUCCAAAUUUAUCUGCCCCACCUCCUAAUUUAACUACCAUAAAUACCUCUGGGAGCUAUCAACAUCGGUACAUUAACCACAGAGAUGGAGCUCGUGGUUUUUUUAAACCAUUCAGACCUUAUCAUGCUCCGAAAAUUGUUGCUGCUGGCCAAGAUACUUUGCAAGAUGAAUUUGAUGGAAAGAGACUUAGGAAAUCUGUUAUGCGCAAAACUGUUGAUUAUAAUUCAGCUAUUAUAAAGAGCUUAGAGAAUCGGAUAUGGCAAAGGGACUAUCGGGACAGACGCGCUCUUCAGCCGGACGUAAUGUAUUAUCCUGACUUACUUCCACCGCCCAGUUACAUCGACAAUCCAAUAAAUGCCGUUACGACAAGAUUCGUGAAGACUGCAACAAAUAAAAUGCGUUGUCCAAUCUUCUGUAUGGCUUGGACACCGGAGGGCAGACGUCUCGUUACCGGCGCAUCUAGUGGGGAAUUUACCCUAUGGAAUGGCCUUACAUUUAAUUUUGAAACUAUUCUACAGGCGCACGAUAGUCCAGUGAGAACAAUGGUAUGGUCGCACAACGAGAGCUGGAUGGUCACAGGAGAUCAUGCUGGCUACGUCAAGUAUUGGCAGAGCAACAUGAACAACGUCAAGAUGUUUCAGGCGCACAAAGAAGCGAUUAGAGGACUCAGUUUCAGUCCAACGGAUCACAAGCUGGCAACGUGCAGCGACGAUGGAACAGUCAGAAUUUGGGACUUUCUUCGCUGUCACGAAGAACGAAUUUUGAGGGGUCACGGAGCUGAUGUGAAGUGCGUACACUGGCAUCCGCAAAAAAGUCUAGUCAUCUCAGGGAGCAAAGAUAAUCAGCAACCGGUAAAAUUAUGGGAUCCAAAGAGUGGGCAAUCGCUUGCAACUUUACAUGCACACAAGUCAACGGUCAUGGACGUUAAAUGGAACGAAAACGGGAAUUGGCUAGUGACCGCGUCACGAGAUCACUUGCUCAAGCUGUUCGACCUUAGGAAUUUAAGUCAAGAGGUUCAAACGUUUCGUGGACACAAGAAAGAAGCAUCCAGCGUCGCGUGGCAUCCGAGCCACGAGGGCCUGUUUUGUAGCGGCGGCAGCGACGGUGCCAUUUUAUUCUGGCACGUUGGCGCCGACAAAGAAGUGGGUGCGAUAGAACAAGCUCACGACAGCAUAGUGUGGACGUUAGCUUGGCAUCCGUUAGGUCACAUUCUGUGUUCUGGUAGUAAUGACCAUACUUCGAAGUUCUGGACACGAAAUAGGCCUGGCGAUUUAAUGAGGGACAAGUAUAAUCUCAACACGUUACCCGCAGGAUCUGCUGGCGUUGACGAUCACGAAAUAGCUGACGAAGCGGCCGUAAUACCUGGUAUGGGCCCGGAAGACAGAAUCAACGCCGAUGGCGAACCAGAGGACAAAAGCGGCGGAAUACCGGGAUUGGACUUGGACCACGCUGUUGACGAAGGGAAGAAGUUCGCUAACAAGAAAGUUCCAUACAGUAAGCCGAUCCCGAGAAACUUCCAAGCGCAGUGGAACGAAAUGGAAGCGGAAGACAUGGAGCAAGUUGAGGCUUUGAAUGCAUUCGUGAAUCAGUUGAUUGAAACCACACCGGGAGCAGUGCCUCUGAACGAAGUAACGCCUAAUGGUAUUAUAUUGUACGGAAAAAUGAUUCCCGUCGAACCCGGUUCCAAGCUAGCGGAGGCAAUCAGCAAAGGAAACGAUGCUAUAAAUAAAUUAGUGUUCUCCGGGGAAAUAGAAGAUUUACGUGAUGUCGUGGGCCCUCCGGACAACGUGGACGAGUCCGAGGAGUAUUUACAGGAUGACGGCGAAAUAGAUUAUUCUAAGGUCCCCGAUAUCGAACUACCUCCGCCUUUGCCUAGUUCCAAGUUCGCGCAAAAUCCUGAACUGCUUAAAGCUUUGAAUCGUGGCGGGAAACGGAAAUUCGACCAACUGAUCGGUUGGAGCGACGGCGGAGCUAGCGAUCGUACGUCAAAGAUUCAUCAGCCAGUUUUCGGCGGAAUAAUGACGGAAGACUCGCAGUCCAGCGAUACCGAUUUAAGGUACACCGGGGGGAAAUCGAAUCAGCAUACCGGCGAGAACAAUUUCCAUGGCGGUCACGAUGAGGAUCUCAGGAAGCACUCGCACGGUGAAAACGCGAGAAGUAUGAAUCGCGGCGACGAGGACAUGCGGUUUAACAUAUCCAGCGGACCUGGCAGGCCUAGCUCGCGUUCCGAUUACGAUAUAAGAAGCAAUUACGCCGAUAAAGACUUCCGAAGUUCGCACGGAUUCCCCCUAAAGAAAUCCAUAGACAACGACGGUUACGACGACAGGGAUAGUGGUUCGCGAUGGGACGACGAUAAACCAAUGAACGAUGGCCCUCGGAAAGGGGACGGUGGUUUCUCGAGCAACUUCGAUAAACGCGACAACAUGCCGAUGGGCAUUGGCCCCGGCAUGAGUAAUAAUAUGUCCCACUUGAGCAAUAGCAUAUCUCACAUGUCCAGUCAUCACAAUAUGCAGAACAUCAAUCCCAACAUGCCCCCACCAAUUCCAAGUUUAGUGCCACACCCAAACAUGUCUCAGCAUCCCAUGCAGAAUAAACCGCUGCAUCCUGGUAUGCAAGGAAUUGACGGUCCCAUGCACAUGAUGCACCAUCCUAACAUGCAUCCCGGUUUUGGUCCCAAUGGGCCGCCGCCCGGAGGCUUCGGUCCUAACUUUAGACCGCCGAACGGUAAUUUCGGUCCGAAUCAACACUUCCGGCCCAACCCGUUGCCCCUGUUCGGUUCGAAUCAGGGCCCGUUCGGGAACAGCUUUCAAGGUUUACCGAACUUUCGAGGGCCUAACGCCGGUCCGCCGAAUUUUGACAGGCCGGGUUUCGGUCCUGGUUUCCGGGGUCAAAAUCCCGGUCAGAAUGCGCCAAAUAACUUUAACACAAACUUUGGUAACUUCGGGAAUAAGCUCGGACCUAAUCGCGGUCCCAUGAAUCGGGGUCCCAACGACAAUAACAUGGGCAGGAGUGGGUAUAAUAAUCGUGGCAGAGGGCGCGACGGCGACCCGUCGCGAGGUAUCAGAGGAAGAGAUAAUUAUUGAAACGAUAGUUAAAGUUAAAGUGUCUGUAUGUUAUGUGCACGUUGACAGACUGCCGUUCGUCCUGUACGAAGCAGCGUUGAUCCGCGCAGGUUGUACAGUCGCCGAUGAAACGAAACUUGUCGCGUGGAACGGUGGUAUUCUUUAGACAUCGCGGUGCAGGCUAACGACCCAUAUCGGACACAUUACGAGCCAUUUUGUACUCUCCGUUAAAGAAAUCGAACUUAGGGCGUUGCGCGCAGCGUGCUUGGAUGAAAGUAUAUUUUUUUUCGAGGAACUUUAUUUGGGAGUGCUAUCCCUUUUCCAGAGAAGCGAUCGAUCGCACUGUCCAACACGAAUUUUAUUUUCCAAUGUCCAUUGCUCGAUCCCUGUACAGUUUCUCAUCGAAAAUGUGAAUCGGAAAGCAGAAUAGCACCAUUAUUCUUAGUUGAAAAAAGAAAGAAACGAGUUUUAGUCAAAAUACAUGGUCCUGGGCGAAAGCGAGAUAUUGCUUGAAAAGUAAGAAGCUAGACAAUUAAAUUUAAUCUUAAAAGACGGAGGACAAUAUUUUUAAUAUAAGAGUGUAUAUUUUCAUUCAAUUUUGUGGUUUUUUAUGGUUGUAAAUUGCCAUCAAAGCUUUAAAAAAAGCAGAUGUACGCACUGUUUAGGUAUUACUUUUACAUUUUUUAGAAAAGUUUUUUCUUAACACGAAUUUACAACAUGUUAUCGAAUUCUGUAGAUGUUUCGAAAACGAAAACCAUUCCGAAGAAAUGUUGGAACGGUUUUUAAUUUGAAGAUGAGUAAAAUAAGUCCUGAACUAGCGCAGGGUGUUUCGGCGCCAUGCGGCUAUUGCCCGCCUGCUUCAACUCGUCAGUGUCGUAGCAAUGCAGAAUCAACACCGAUAAUAGGUACCACUUUUCUACACGUAUAAAAAGUUCUUUAUAAUUUUAUGAUCAAUAUUCAAGAAUAUAUUUAAAAAAUAUAUGUAUAGGAAAUAGGUGCUUGUUAACGGAAUUAAUUGUUGAUGGUUACAUCUAGAUACGGCACUGACGAGCCAAUGUAGGCGAAAAAUGGCGGCAUGGCGGCAAAAUACCGGCGCACCCGUUCUAGUCAGAUAUAUUCUCAAAUUGUCCAAAUUAAAAACUAUCACGAACCUUUUUCUAAGCGGUUUCUUCUUUAGAAACAUCUAUGGGAUCCGAUACCACAUAGUAAUUUUGUUGGACGAAAGCUUUUCAUAAAAAUUGCAAAAAUAAAAUGAAAAAAAGUACGUAUGUCGGUUCUUUUAAAAUUCUGAUAACGAUUUAUAGUGGUUAAAAAUCAGAAAAUUUACAAGAAACUGUAAUUCAUGGUUGGGACGAGAAACUCUGCAAGCAUCGCUCGACGAAUGUUGCAAAAUAAAAAAGAGAACGUUUUUAUUUGUUGAACAGUGUUAUCCACGCUAGAUGGCUAGAUUUCUAAAUACGGAAGGUGCUCUGUCGAAACAAGCACGACCUCUUCGCGUCUUAUAACACUAUGUGCGCAAAAUGUAUGAAUGUCUCGAGUUGCGCGAGACUGCAGAAAAUUGUAAUAUAAUAUAUAAUCGAUGACAUCCAAUAUUAUUUCGAUGAAAAAAACUGUUCACAAGCUGCCUUGCGAAAGAACUUUCUUGUUCCAAUUUGAGAAUUGAUCGGCGCGUGUGAAGAGGGUAGAAAAGAAGCAUGUGAAGCAUGUCGAACAUUUCGUAAUUGUUGCUGGUCGUCGAGAAACUGUGAACCAGAACAGUUUAUCUAUCAGUUAUUAAUAAAAAUGGAGUAAGACGCAGAAUUAAUCGAAUUGAAGC